CAACUUAACGAAGUGUCUCUUUGUUUUGCUCUCCGGCUGUUUCUUGGAGGAUUUCCUUGUGUUGUUUUUUUGUGAGUUUUUUACGCAUAAAUGGGAAGUGGAGGUGAUGUUCUGAUACCCCCGCCGUGUGAUUAUGGUCCCAAUCUCAAGCUGAUUCCCACAAAUGACCAGAUAAAGGAGCUCCAGACAAUCCUGCGCGAUAAGAACACCAGUCGCAGUGAUUUCAAGUUCUAUGCCGACAGAUUGAUCCGUCUGGUGAUUGAGGAGAGUCUCAAUCAACUUCCAUACUCUCCUAUUAGAGUAGUGACGCCGACUGGAGCGAACUAUGAUGGGCUCAAAUAUCGUUCCGGGAACUGUGGAGUGUCGAUUGUGCGGUCAGGAGAGGCUAUGGAACAGGGCCUGAGGGACUGCUGUCGCUCAAUCCGCAUCGGGAAGAUCCUCGUGGAGUCCGAUGCGGAGACUCACGUUGCCAGAGUGGUUUACGCCCGGUUUCCCGAAGACAUCUCUCGAAGACAAGUGCUGCUGAUGUACCCCAUCAUGUCCACGGGAAAUACAGUUAUCCAGGCGGUAAAUGUGCUGAAGGAACACGGUGUUCCGGAGAACUGCAUCAUCUUAUCGAAUCUGUUCUGCACACCAAUGGCAGCUAAAACCAUCGUGUCCGCCUUCCCGGAGAUGAAGAUCCUCACGUCGGAGUUGCAUCCCGUGGCGCCGAAUCACUUUGGUCAGAAGUACUUCGGCACUGAUUGAUUGUUUCUGUAUUUUUUUUUAUCAUAUGCGAGCGUUUGAUAUGGUUUUAUGAUCAAGUCAGCAAAUUGUCCAGUAAUCAGAUAAU